UUUGUUUGUCGAGUUGUUGCGGAACGCGAAUUGCUCAAAACUUUUUUCAAAAUUUUAUUUAUUUAGGUCUAUAUUUAUUUUUCAUUCUAUCAUGUCGGUCAUAGUAAUAGCUGUAGCCAGUGAGAGUGGCGUGCCUAUUUUUUCACGCAAACGCGGUAACAGCGAGAAUGUACAAUUUUCAACAAUCGCUUCCCUCCACGGUAUCAACAUGUUCAGUAAAUGCCACAAUUUAUCAAUGAUUAAAACACAAGUGGACAAUGGAAAUAUACUUUGGAAAGAAUAUUGUAAAAGUGUUACAUUAAUCGGUAUAGCCACUGGCGGUUUAGAAUGUGAUCUGGAGCUCCUCCUAUCCUGCGUACACGAUGUAAUGAUAUUCUGUAUUGGCAAAAAAGAACUGGAAAAACUCAAAAAUAUUGACCAAAUAAAGCGAGAUUUGAGGCAGUGUUAUCCGAUACUAGAUUAUUUACUGGAGUCUCUAGACCCAAAUACAGUAUCAAACACACUGCCCACACUAACAUUGGAUCUUAUUCAAAGUAUGUUAUGUCCACAAGCUCAGCAAUUACAGCAAGCUUUAGAUCAGUAUGCGGAGAGUGUGACAGGCCGUUGGGCUUGUUUGAGCAUUCAUGGCCAGUUGGUGGCAACCAGUUCCGACUUCCAGGAACUAGAUGCAAGGGAGGCUCGGCUGAUGCUCCUGUUGGCAGCAGCACAGGAUGGGGCUCCGUUGAGAGACACUCCAGUCUAUUUGCCGCAAAUGAGUCCAAAUGUAGCAUUCAGAGCAGUGACCUGCAAAUUAUUAGCCGAUGUUUACAUACUAGUUGUAUGUGGCGCCACUCCACCUCUGUCUGAAAUCGAUGAAAUAGUCCUCCAGUGCUGGGAAGGAUACGCACAAAUUAUAAAGGAAGCAAAGUUGGUUCAUCCUAGAAAUUUCCCCAUGAGUAUGUCAUUUGAACCAAGUAUUUUAGGCAUUCUAGCUAUAAACAUACCUAAAAGAAGGUGUGUAUUUUCUCGUCAUCUAAAUGUUUCAAGUCAAAAAAGUCGCGGCAUGUCUGGUGCCCACCGAACCGACAUUCUUCGGACUUUUUAUGUCACAACUGCAAGAGAUUUGGCACCAGAAUUAAAGUUGAAAGAAAAUGAUAAAGAUGAGAGCAGCUUUAGCAUGACAGAAACAUACUGGAGUUCAGAAUACCACAAGUGUCACGCGCAGAGGUCUGGCGCCUUGUUAUGUUGCGUACUCUACUCAUCCACUGUCCCUACUCACACCAUGAGACUGAUUACAACCCAGAUAUUACAAGACUUGAGCACUAACAAGGAAGUUUACUGGUAAAUUGUUCCUAAAGUGAUUUUUUAAUUAAUGUAAAUAUAGAUAUAAGCCUUGACUCCGUCCAUAUUGUUAUAAAUAAAACAUCAAAUUAUAUAUUCGCUUUUAUUUAAUACCAAAACAUUCAAACGUCAUUCUGCUAGCAGGUGAUUACUUGAUUAAUUUGUAAGUCACUAAAAAGGCAAUUUAGUAAUAUCACCAAAUCGGUACACACUGGCUAUCAUAUCAGGCAUCAAUCCGUUCUAUCUAAUGUAUAAAUAUAAUGAUGUGUAUGUAUAUGACAAAAAUAAAAUUUCGCGAAUGCGAAACCUAAGGUACGAUUCAGACCGGGCAAAGUG